CUCACUCAUCACUCUGACCAAACCACGCUAACCCAAAACACAAGAAAAAGAAAGAAAGAAAGAAAAAAAGGGAAUACCCCUUACCUUCAUAGAGAGAACAAAAGAAACAAAGCAAGGUAUUUUUUUUUCUUCACCUGUAAAAAUGGCGUCGGCGAGUACUUGGAUAUUGUCGCUAAAGUUACUUUUAAUUUCUACCGGUAUGUUGGGUAUAGCUUUAGGACUUAAAAUCUCUGUUCCAUUGGUUUUGGAAUUCUCUGUUUCUCAAGCUCCGUUAUGGUGGAGUGGUUUCCGUUCUUGGCUCAAGCCUCCAUAUCUUUACGUCUUCAUCAACGGAAUCAUCAUCACAAUAGCAGCAUCGUCGCGGUUUAACCAAAACAACGGCGAGAAAGAUCAGACGGAGCAGAUGCAACCGCGGCCGAAGAUCUCGGAGGAUCAACAACCAAUUGUGGAGUAUGAUACAAAGAGCGGGUGGGACUCCGAUGCAGUGGAAUCCAGUGAUUUCGUGUACGAGGAAAAUCAGAGAGGAGAAGAGGUGGCAACCAGGGUUUCCGAGGAGGAGAGCAAUGUGGCGGUUGAAGAUGACAGAGAUGGAAACGAGUUUGUUAUCUCUAAGUCGGAGUGGAUUCCUCCAAGUAGAACGGAUUCUUCGGAGAUUCUGUUGGAUGCUCUGCUUAUACAGGAGAAACCUGCUCCUUCUUCUAGAUUCGGUCACCGGAAACUUGUUAAAGUCAAUCCCGAAGCUAAUGCAGGUGGGCGAGCGUUGAAAGUGGCGAAGCCAAAACGGCAUGAGACGCUGGAAAACACUUGGAAGAUGAUAACGGAGGGGAAAUCAAUGCCGUUGUCCAGACACUUGAAGAAGUCGGACACGUGGGAGAAUCACGGCCGUGAUAUCAACGUGGAGGCAUUGACCAGCUCCCCUCUGAUGAAGAAAUCGGAAACGUUCAGAGACCGGACCAAUUACCAGCUGCCACCCGAACAAGUAAGCUCUUUCCCGGCUUCAGGAAAGCUGAGAAAAGAACCGUCGCUGAGUCAGGACGAGUUGAAUCGUCGAGUGGAAGCUUUUAUAAAGAAGUUUAAUGACGAGAUGAGGUUACAGAGACAAGAAUCACUUAAUCAGUACAUGGAAAUGGUUAACCGUGGAAGUUAGCCACUAAACACAAUAGUCCAAUAUAUUCUGCCAUAACCCUCAAGAGAAGAAAAAAAUAUAUAUUAGAUUAACUUUUGGGAAUAUGUUUUGCUCCAAUAAAUUUAAAAAGGUUGGAGAUUUGAAAGGAAAAAAAAAUUAUGCAGGGUUUUAUGUUUUUGGUGGUUUGAGUGUUAAUAGGAAGAUUUCAUAGGAAUUUACUGAAGUCUUGUAAAUGAAGACGGGUUUCAAUGAAUGACUGCUUCUACUAAA